UAGACGCUGCAGUCAGUCUGCAGGUGCGAGAGAAAGGGAGUGGUAGUGGCGCACAUGCAGUCAUUGACGGUUCUAUUUGCGCUGUACGCUUGCAAUCUAGCAACAGUUUCUGCGCAAGGAUAAAAUAUUUGAAGGAAACCAGAAUUUCCGAGGUCUCUCGAUAUGAAAGCUCCUACAGCUCUCUACUACACACUCUUCGCACAGGCAUGUUUCGUCAACAGCCAGUUAUAUCAGCCAUCCAGCAACGGGGCCCAAAAUUCCCAACUCGAUAAGUCAGCUGUUAGGAAAAGAUCGCCUGACAGGGAACAUCAUCUUCCCUUUUUCAGGCCAUCAAGACCCGAAAAUCCAUAUUCAUUUAUACAAUUGGAGGAUGAAGCGUCCUCAAUGCGCGCUUCUGCUUCAUCGCCGAUACGCAAAUACAUUUCCAGAAGAGGACCUAAUCCUGAAGUUCCUGCAAAAGUGGACAAUCCGGACACAGUCACUCCUAAACCAAAACCCACAUUGAAGCGUAAAACUCAAAGACCGUCCGUGGCGGCCACUACACCUCAGUCUUUAGAAGGAUGGGUUUCUUACCCAACUGAGGCAACUGUCGUCGCGUCCACUAAACAGACUCCUGAAGCAACAAGCAAAGCUGGGGCGUGCGGUGGCAUUCAGAGCUACGGUAUCAGCUGCGCCGUGCGUAUGGACCAGUGUACGCGGGACGCCCACUGCCCCGGCACCACACUCUGCUGCAUGGUCGGCCAGUGCGGCUACAUGUGUGUCAAUCCUAAACCUCCCUCGGACGCUAAGAAGAAGCGACGCCCCGGCGCCAGCAGCGGCAUGAAGCAGCAGGGCGACCGCGUCACUGAAGACUCCACCACCGCGGAGGGACUCAAGGUCGGCGACAUCGCCAUGGAGAACGAGCAGCCGGACUCCCAGCCCUAGCACUGAUCAUACUAUUAUUCUCCAUUAUAAAGCGCUGAAACUAUUUGUAAAGUUUAUUUCUAAGCGUUCAAUUUAUGAUAAAAUCGCAGGGAAUUUUUCAUUCAGAGACUAAUUUUUGGAAUGCGGGACUUCAGUAAGCCUCGAAUUAUGGCAUUCCUGAAAUGAGAUAAAAUUUUCUACUAUUUGGUCAUGAAAGCAAGCUGAUCAUAUUGGGAAUUUUUAUUUUAGAAGUGUAUACUACUCUACAUAUACUUUCAUAAUACCAUACGGAAUAAAAAUUGUGAGUAGUAUUUUCUACGAUACAGUUAUCAACCUAAUUAUUCUUAAUUGUAUUGUGUCAUAUCUCGUGGAAAUUUUUACCGGAAACUCCUCUAAAAGGACACUUACUCGAGCUGCAUUACAUCUUUGCGUUAAAAACUAUUUACUUACUUAUUUUUCUAAUAUAUUCAAACAUUUGGUUUACAUUGCAAAAAAGUUAGUUAUUGCUUUUCAUGCCUGCUAUAUGCUGAGCGCAUCAUCACUGAUGUGACCACUUUUAUUUUGAGCUACACACAGCCUAAUUUAAUCACUGAACACUUCAUUAAUAAUAUUGCGAAUAAAUCUUCAAUAAUACACAGGAAACACUCAUAAUGUCGUGCUGAACUCAUGAUGUUUGUGUUACGUAAAGCUGGCAUCAUUAUUCCUUAUUUUGUUCAUGAAUGUGGUGAAGGCUACAUUUGUUUUUUUAC